AUGGCUCCCAGGCCUAUACUUGAGAUUAGCCUAGGUCUGGCAAGAGAUGUGCUCAAUCUUCAGAAUCGCUAUGAAGAUCUCACGCCCUCCUUCAGUGCCUCCAAGUUUUGCAAAGCUACUCAUGAAGCCAACUUGGCUGAUUACCAAAAACAGAAGGCAGAACUGGACAUAAUGGUCGUAAAUUACAAGGUGGCCAAGGGUGCUGCUGACAAGUUGGAGAAACAAAUUGAAGAACUUCAAAAGCAGCUGGCUGGUUUGAGGGAGAGGCAAAACAAGCUUGGGGCUGGAUUGGGCACCAAGACUAAGGCCACUUUCCUUGUGCAAAACAUGGUCUCAGCUUCUAGGCCAGCAUUGGAGAUUGCAGAGGCUUCCAUUUAUCAGAGAGUGCUCCUCCAAAAAGAUAUUUCCACCAAGAAAACUGGACUGCAAGAAACCCUUAGAAAACUAGGACUUUAA